AAAAUGAAUGCCUCCUAAAUUUAAGAAUUAUAGGGUCACCAAACACGCCCUUAGCUAGGCUUAGUAUUAUUGAGAAAAAUUAAAAUGAAAGGAGGGAAAAUCUCUAAAAUUUCAAAAGUUCAACGCACUCGCACACACAGUAAGUAGUACAAUUCUACAGAAACACCCAUCACAAAGCUUUUCGAUUCUUCAAGCGAGUUCCGAAAUUCCAUGGAGCAAAACUAAAUUCCUUGUCCUGGAAUUCGAAUUUUGGAGGGAUUUCUUUCAAAUUGUAAGAAAAAUGGCGGAAGCCCUAAGUCCGAACACGAAGCAGCAGCGGGGUCUUUUCUCGCCGUCCAGUCCGUUCUUCCUCGGCUCAAAUGACGACAAACUCGAACGAGCUCAAGCUCGGGCUGCUCGUGCUGCGGCGUUCCGGCGCAAGGUCUCUCAUGCCGCCGGCCCUGCCCCCGACUCCGCGGCCAACGAAUCAUUCCUUGAAAAAGAACAGAUUCUCGACCUCUUCCGAAAUUGCAUCAAACUCGCUAGUGAAAACGUCUCUUUCUAACUUUUUUUCUUCAAUUCCUUAGCCAUGGAACAUAUGAUUCGCUUGAAUUUAACAAAAGUUGUUUUUUUUUUCUUGGGUUCAGAAAAUAAAUCAAAAGAAUACGUGGGAGCUGCAUUUGAUUGACCAUCUCUGCGAGAUAAUUAGAGCGGAGGCAGGGAAUGACGCGGAGACCAAUUUUCAAAAGGCUAGCUGUACCCUUGAAGCUGGAGUUAAGAUCUAUUCAAUGAGGGUAGAUUCUGUGCAUUCAGAGGCGUAUAAGUUCCUUGGAAGAAUCAAUCGGGUUGGCCAGGAGGAAGAACAAGAGGGCACAUUGGAAGAUGCUAUUGAUAACAGUAGGCGAGGGGAAGAUCAAUCAAAGCAAGAAAAAGAGAGAAAGGUUAAUAAUGGUUUUCUUCUGUAAAGCACUGUUUGAGGAUUAUUAUACUAUAAUCACGGUUAUGAAAUCACAGCUGAAUAUUGUAGGUGUCACCUGUGUCAACACUAGAGUCAUCCUUUGAGGCAUUGAAUGUAAAAAAGUUUGAUGGUGUGUAUGAUCCUUCUUAAAUGCCAGAAACUCCUUAUGUUGCAUUAGCAUGACUAAUUUUGCUUAUCCUAUAGUGGCCUUUGCUGUGGAUCCUCUUUACCAUCAGAUGUCUGCACAGUUUGAUGAAGGUGGAGCAAAGGGUCUUCUGUUGAACAACCUUGGAGUAUAUGGUAACUGCAUGGUGCUUUUCGACUCACUGGAAUUACCUGGGAAGUUCAAAUCACCUGCAACUGAACCCGAUAGGCCUGAAAUGAUUGAUAUACCUUUUCUGAGAGAGAGCAUACAAGAAAUGGUUCUGAAUAUGCCAAAGAAAGAAGAGAUCUCUCCUAGUCUUAAGGACAUAGUUAACCUCUUUGACGAGGACAAUCGAAGACCUUCUGAACCAUAUCCUUCGGGGGACAAGUCACAUGCACAAUUUUCUGGAGCUGAGGGAAAUGAUUUUGAUUUUGUCAGUGAUACCUUUGAUAAUUGUGGAACUUGGGGUUUUGAUCAAGAUGAACAACCAGAAAUUAUAGAUGAAAGUAGCUACGACAGGGACCCAAAUUUACCCGGCCAACACGAGGGAGGUGAACCAUCCAUGUCUUAUGAAUGGGAUGUGGAUGACAGAUUUGAGAAAUACGAUGGUUAUCUGUGUAUAAGCUUGAGAUUGGCUUCAAAGCAAAAUGCUUGGGCUGGUCCAGAUCAUUGGAAGUAUCGGAAGGCCAAAGAGGUUCCCGUGGAUGAAAAUGCCCCACCAUUGAAGACAAAAAUAUCAAGGAGUAGAAAAACUGAAUCUGAAAUUGAUUUUUCUAAAGCAUUGGAGACCAACAUGCCCAAUGUCUUUGCUCCUCCCAAGAAUCCCAAGUCCCUAUUACUGCCUCCAAAUAGGGCACCUGGUACUACAAGACUUCCAGAAGAUUGUCAUUAUCAACCAGAUGAUCUUGUAAAACUAUUCCUUCUGCCGAAUAUAAUGUGCCUCGGGAGAAGACGAAGGAAGGCUCCAGAUGCUUCGGUUCCACAAACAGAUGAUGAUAGAGCGAUUCCACUGUGGGAUGAUGAAAAUGCGUUUGAUGGUUCCUUUGAUAGUCAAGGUGCUAAUGAUGGUGACAAUGAAGAUUUCAGCAAUCUUGUCUCUCAGCCCCGCCAGGUUAACAAGAUUGAAGUCCAGUAUGACAAAACAUCAAAACAGGUUGAUGUGCACGCACUGAAAGAAACACUGUGGAAGCAUAUUAGAGAGCCAGAUGUGGCAGGAAACCAGGAUGAAGUACCAGAGAAAGUAUCUUUCAAGGAAGCACUGGCACAGUUUCCCUAUGAUUGCAGAGCUGCAUCAUCUCUGCAAGACAUCUCCCCACAUUUAUGCUUCAUAUGCUUAUUACAUCUUGCAAAUGAGCACGGAUUACAGAUUCAAGGUUCUCCUAACCUGGAUGAUCUCACCAUACAGUUUUAGCUUGAUGGCGCAUCCAUUAACAAACUGCACUUCCUACUUGCUAGCUUCGCUAACGCAUGAGCACCGACAUUUAUCUAGAUGUGUAUAUGAUUCUCCAUGUUGUUGUCCCUCUUACUGUAUUUCAAGUGAUUAACAAGGCUCAGAUUAGAGGAGUACUGUCAUGUAUCACAAAUACUUUUAAGUCGUUUAAGAAUUGAGGGAGUGCCCCAAAAUCUGUAUUGGAGUAUUAAAUGAAGCAGAAAUCUUUUCGUAGUAUCUCAGCUCUCAAGUCUCUCAAAUCUCGACAUCUUAUUUCGAUCCCUGCUAAAUCACCAAAUGAAGCUAUGCUCCGGGUUUAAUUACAGAAUUCUGCAGCCAAUAUGCUUCGAUAUUCUG